UCAUUUGUUAACUCUGGUUACAAGGUAAAAUUAUCAAAAUGAAUAAACAAAUGUUUACAUCAUGCUUCUUCAUUCUUGUCUUUGUUACAAAUAUCUUUGGAGCAAUGUUUAUUUUUCCCGAUGAUCCAAUUUAUAAAAAAUUAUUAGAAGAUAUGAAAUUUUCAAAACGGGAAGUAAUGCAACCGCUAGCAAUGCGACAAACAAACGCUACCAUUAUAAAAGUUGAAAAUCAAAAUACGGUUGAAAAUAUGACCGCUUUAUUGAAUUUAAUCUCAGAUAGUGUUAACAAUUUUGGACUAAAGAUUUCCAAUGCCACAGAUGGUUUUAGCAACGUCAAAAUAAUUUCACCAAUAAAUAUUGCAGAAGCCUUAAUGCUUUUAUGGCUUGGUUCAAAUGGUCAAACGUUUAAUGAAAUCGCUAACGUAAUGGAAUUCCAAAAUAAAAGUUUCAAUAUCUACAAUCAAUCACAGACUCUUCACGAACAGUUUGGACGUAUGCUCCAAUCUUUAGAGCCAAAAAACAAGGAAGAGCCACAAUUGAGUACAGCCAGUGCACUAUUUGUUCAAGAUGGUUUUCCAAUCGGGCAAAAAUAUUCUCAAAUUGCAAAGGAAGUUUAUAGAAGUAAUGUGACCCAUUUAGAUUUUGCAAAUAAAAAUGUCGAGGCCCAAAAAUUCAUUAAUGCUUGGGUAUCCAACAAUACGAAUGGAUUGAUUAAGGAAAUUUUAUCAACACCACCAGUACCAACAACAAAAAUUCUACUUACAACGGCCUUGUACUUUAAAGGUUUGUGGGAACAUCCGUUUGCAAGUGAAUUAACACAUAGAGCAGAAUUUUAUCUAAAUGGAAAAGCAGACGCAAAAAAUUUUGUAAUGGUUGAUUAUAUGGUGAAUUUUGAAGUUUUUAAAUAUACUUACAACAAAGAUUUGGAGUCUGAAGUUUUAUGUUUACCUUAUAAGGGUGGUACUGCUUCAAUGUAUAUAAUAGCCCCUAAAAAAUCAUCUAUAAAGAAGAUCCAACAAGUCGAAAAAAAAUUAACCACAAGUGUCAUUGAAAAUUUGAUUAAUAGUUUAAAACCAAUGCAAAUUGGGAUUUUAAUGCCAAAAAUGGAGUUCGAAUCAACAAUAUCGUUAAGUUCAACAUUAAAACAAUUAGGUUUAACGUCUUUAUUUAACGUAAAUACAUCAAGUUUAAAUGUGUUAUCACCAGGUUUUACUUACCCAAACAAUACGGAUCAAACCAUUGAUGAAGUUCGUAAUAAAGUUAGUGGAAAAUCCCCUUUGUAUGUAGAAGAAGUUGUCCAUAAAGUUUUCAUAAGUAUCAACGAACUGGGUACUGAAGCUGCAGCCAUAACUGAUUUACUAAUCCCACGCGGGGGAAUGAAAAAAAUAAGUCUCAAUCAACCUUUCAUCUUUUUUAUACGUCAUCAUGGAACAAAUUUGAAUUUAUUUUUAAGUUCUGUUCAUGUACCAGUUCCUAAUUUUAAGUAGAACCAUUUUAGCAAUUUAGUAGAGCACGAAAGGGCUUACCCGUUGGAAAAACAAUUCAGACGGGUUUUUUUCUUGCAAAUUUCUUUUCAUAAGACGUCUCGUAAUAAGGAUCAUGAGUUUGGCAGAUGAAAAUCUGGUCCAAUUUUAAAAAAAUUUUUAUUAUUCAUAGCUGUCAAUUUUUGAACCAAAUAAAAGGUGUUAUGGUUUUUGGGUAAUUUUAUAUAAAAAAGUGCUUUGCUAUUUUUUUUUGUUUAAAGUUCACCGUUUCCAAGAUAUUUAUAAUGCUUGGAAAACCUUGUGGAAAGAAAAUGUGGAAAUCAAUGCUAAAAAAUUAAAUUUUUUAGCUGAAUACCGGUUUUCCACUCAACGGAUAGUUGAGUGUAUAUGUUGUGUUUUCUAGAACCUGAAAAACAAAAACAAAACUGAAACUGUAAUGGCCAUUACAUUGCCAGUCUUCAAAAAGUUUGUAAAAAGUUGCAGUGUUUUUUAAUUCGACACGAGUCUGUGUUUUGUUUUUGUUUGUCUGUUUAGUGGAAAACCGGCUCUUUUGCCGGUUUUCCACUAAACUCUAUAGAGAUGAUAUCAUAGAAGAAUUUGAUGAAACUGUACACUUUAUGUUCUUACCUAAAAAACAGUUUUUUAUGAAAAACAUACAUAUAAGGUGGCUAAGAUGCUUUAAAUCAGAGGUUCUCAAACUUCUUUCGUUUACCACCCAUUUCGAUAAUCAAUUAUUAGAGCAACCCCAAAGCGUAUUAUACCAGUUAUAUCCUAUACAAAUAAGCCUUACCGCCUCCUAUAGGCUUUUAUCGCCCACAAAGGGGCGUUAUAGCCCUCUUUGAGAAUGACUGCUUUAAAUGAUAGAUAUAUAUUUUGUGAAGUGUUAAAUAUGUGAAACCAUAUAUAUUUUUUUGCUUACAACUCGAAAAUUGGACAUUUUAUUAAAAAAAUGAACGCACAAAAAAAAAAAGCUUAAAAUAACAAAUAGAUUGUUGUGCUUUUAGAUCCUGUAAGUUACUAACGGGUUCCA